CGCCCCACUGAACGUUCCUUCACAGAAAAAAAACACCCUUAACUUCAGACUACUUAUCACAAUGUCUCAUAUCAUACGCCUCGGCCCUAACGCUACCCUAAAACUCAUUCCGCCGUCACCAGACUGUUGUGAUACCUGCAAACUGACCGAUAGAUCUCCACCCAAGAUUAUCAUUCCCUCGCUUGCACAACGCCUCGCCAACUUGAAGCGGAAGCACUCUUCUGAGUUCGGUCCAGGACUUCUCCCAGUACUAAAGAAGUCGCGAAGGAGGACAAAAAAAACUGGCGAUAAAUCAAACACGCCGCGUCUGAUGACCAAAACUCAGCCCUUGCAGAAGCAGACUCUCACUGCAGUGGAUAAUAAGGAUGAGUCGGACGAUGGUAAUGUACCGGACGAUGAGGCGGAGGAGGAAGGGGAGGAGUCACAAAGCCCUGCAGAGGCUGUAUCUGACGCGCCGCAUCCGAGUCUGCGUAUUAAAAGCCGGCUUCCGAAGCGGCAGACUGAUACUGCGAAGGACAACAACACUACCGAUGAUAAACCACAGGAGAAGAAAGAGGAGAAGGAGGAGAAGGAGGAUGAGGACAGUUAUCAGGAGGAUAGCUCCUCCGAGAGUAGCGAUGAGUCGGAGGAUGAAUACAUACCUCCAAAGCGCCAGCGUAAAUGCCUUCAAGCCAUCCCAAACAGCUCGCCCCCACGCACUCGCACCUCCACAUCUGCUUCCGCCGCUAAGCACGACAAGGGAGCACUGUGAUUACAUCUGUGUCACUACAAUAUGAAUGAAAUGCUUGCCUGUGUACUAUAUAAGGUUUAGAUGGGGCGUUCUCAAGAUAAUCAUACCAUUAGCUGCUGAAGAGGGACUCAAGCUCGGGGAAGAUGUAGGUGUACAACUGCAACCGCUACUGUAAAUAUUGUACCAAGAAAUGUAUAUGGAUUGGAUUCGGACAAA